AUGACAUCUAGAAUGCGAUUAGCAAAGCCAGUUGGCAAUGAUCCAUUACCACCUUUAGAUAUUUCUGAUACAGAAUAUGAAGACUCAAAUGGUAUUCCGCUUAAUUUCAAGCUGCACGUCCCAAAUUCAGAGCACUUAAAAUUCGACAUUGACGAGCUAAGGAAACUAAGAAAUGAUGAUUCGAAGGAGCUAUGGAUUGUUCGUGUUCCUAAUAUGAUUGAAAAUUCAAAAUUGGAUGGUAUGACAUUCAAAAUGCCGCCACGAAAUUGCAAUAAAGUAAAACGUCUAGCUACUUUCGAUCAAGCUUAUGAAUACGAGAUAACAGACGACGAAAGUGAUUCCGAAUUGCUUAAAACCUAUAAGUCGAUAAAAAAAUACAAGGAAAAAAAGGAAAAUCUUAAAAAAGCGAAACAUGCCUCUGCUACUUACGGGAUUCAUUGUCUCCCAAGUGAGAUAACAAAAGAUGACUCUUCGUCGUCCUCAGAUUUUGAUGACACCAUGGACAUUCUCUGCGCAACAUCAUUAAUACCUAAAAAGUCAGAAAUCGCACCUGUGGGUAGCGAGGAGUUAUAUGAUAUAUCAUUAUUAUUACCUAGUAAUAAGAAGAACGGAAAUUUAAUCCUAGAACCAAUGCAAUUUGACCGACAUCUUACCGUCACAAGACUAUACGAUAUUCCUGAUCCUACUGAGGCCGCUUUAAAAAUUCUUUCUGAACCAAAGAUUCCGCUUGAACCGCCGGCAGGCCUGAAAAUGCAAUUCAAACCUUAUGGUUUUGAUACAGGUUUUUCUAAUAAUAAUACUGACAAAAAGAAAAGAAAAUUAAACGAAUUCGAAUCCGAAUCAAAUGCAUCUUCGUCUUCAAAAUCAAUAUCACUACAAAGUCCAAUAAAUACUCUAAAACGAAUAAAAAAUGAUCGUCCAAAGACACCCAUCCAAAUACCAGGUUUACCCUUUGGACAACAAUGGAAAAAUCGUCCAAAGACACCCAUCCAAAUACCAGGUUUACCCUUUGGACAACAACGGAAAAAAAAGAAUCUCAAGCUGAACAAAAAGAAAGCCAAGUCGGAGAAAUUCAAAAAUUCUUUUGUAUAA